CUAGAAAGUAAAAGGUGAAUGGUAUUUCGACGUGGGAUUAGCCCGUCUUGCUUGACCCACCCUCCUCCAAAGCCUGAUCCUAUAAAUGUAGCAAGAGUUUCUACACCCUUUACUCCAGUAACUCAAUGGCAAGCUUACUAUCUACCCAAAGCUCCCCUUUACUCACAAAUGGUGCCAACAAAGAAAAAAGUCAGCAACAAUAUCCUGAUAUAAUACUCUCUGAGCUUCCAAAAGAAAGAGGUUGGUUGACUGAACAUGUUCACCAAUACAAAGACUUUUGGUAUUCCGCAGGAAUACUACAAGGUCUAAUAUCUCUUCAGCAAAACUUUAAGCCAAAACCAAAUGAUGUCUUACUCGCCAGUUACCCAAAAUCUGGUACCACAUGGCUCAAGGCUCUUCUUUUUGCCAUUACAAACCGAACAAAAUAUGAUUAUAAAACACACCCUUUGCUCUCUUCAAAUCCACAUGAGUUAGUACAUCAGCUUGAGGCCUAUGCAUUUAAGCACCCAACAAAUCCAACACCAAACUCUUCUCUUAUGCAUUCACAUCUUGCCUUCAAUUCUUUACCAGAGUCUAUACUAGGUGGUGAAGACUCCAACUCCAAGUGCAAAAUAGUGUACGUGUUUCGUGACCCAAAAGAUGUGUUAGCUUCUUGCUGGCAUUUUGUGCAGAAAUUAAGACCCAAAGAUCUGCCUAUGCUUUCUCUACAAGAAGCUUUUGAUCUAUUUACUAAAGGGUGUUCCCCCUUUGGUCCAUUUUGGGAUCAUGUAAUAGGAUAUUAUAAAGCAAGCUUAGAAUUUCCAAAGAGUGUAUUUUUCUUAAGGUAUGAAGACUUGAAGAAAGAUCCAAUUUUUCAUGCAAAGAAAUUAGCAGAGUUCUUGGGUCAACCUUUUUCUUUGGAGGAAGAAAGUGAAGGCAUAAUAGAGAAAAUAACAGAACUUUGCAGCUUUGAGAAGUUAAGUAGUUUGGAGGUGAAUAAAGAUGGUACACACACUGGAUUUUUUAUUCCUACAAUUGCAAACAACAUAUUUUUCAGACAAGGAAAAGUAGGUGAUUCCAAGAACCAUCUUUCAGAGGAAAUGAUUAAGGUUAUGGAUGAAAUCACAAAGCAAAAGUUGGGUUUUGAUUUGAUGAACACAUCUUUUUCUCCCCAACAAAAUGGUAAAGGGAUUGAGUCGGACCAGAAUCAUAGCAACUAGCAUGUAUUUUCUUCAUGGGGAAAAUUUCCAAUAAAUUGAAGUUCCUUUUACUCCUCUUUACCUUUUUGUUUAUCCCCCCCACUAGGGUAGCUUGUAGUUCAUGAUUGCUGCUUGGUUCUUGAAUCCAAUAAAUGUGGCUUAUUGUCAAUUUGUGAAUUGUGAUAGGUGGCAUCCUUUCUCUCUUUCCUGGUGAAUCAUUUUGGUCUAAGGAAAGGAUUGAGGUUCUCGAAUGUGAAAAAGGGGCUGUUUUUUAGCUCAAAAUUUAAUACCCCUUCAAUUUCAAUUUUUAAUCUUAAAUAUGUUGUAACAAUUAUGUGGUUAUAAAUUUUGCAAUUA